AAAAUCGCACACCACAAGAAACUUUCUUCUCUCGUCGCUCUUGUUUAUUCUGGUCCUAAUCAGCCUACGUUGGGACUCAGCUGGCCAGUAGUUAUAUGAUUGAAGCGCUAGAAAUUGAUUGAAGCUCUCAACGGCGGAAAAAAAGAGGGGGGAAAAAAGAAAAUCAAGCCCAUCAUCGCCAUGGGAACUGAGGAUGAGAAGAAGCAGCAAUAUGAGAAGAAAGAUGCAAUUGUAGCUGUUAAUCCAAAACCCAACAAGGGAGUAAUCUCAUCUGCAGUGGAUUUGAUUGAGAGAGCCAUAGUUUACUUCAUGCAUGAUUCAUCGAAGCCUCAUCACUGGCUCUCUGGUAAUUUUGCACCCGUGAAGGAUGAGACCCCACCUUGUACUGAUCUCGAAGUUCGAGGCUCACUCCCUGAGUGCUUGAAUGGAGAGUUUGUUAGAGUUGGGCCUAAUCCCAAAUUUGUGCCCGUGGCUGGAUAUCACUGGUUUGAUGGAGAUGGAAUGAUUCAUGGCAUGCGUAUCAAAAAUGGGAAAGCAACUUAUGUUUCUCGUUAUGUUAAAACAUCUCGGCUUAAGCAGGAAGAGUAUUUUGGAGGAGCAAAAUUCAUGAAGAUUGGAGACUUGAAAGGACUCUUUGGAUUGUUUAUGGUCCAAAUGCAAUUACUUCGAGCCAAGCUGAAAAUAUUGGAUGUUUCAUAUGGAACAGGGACAGGUAAUACAGCUAUGAUAUAUCACCAUGGUAAACUAUUGGCUUUAUCAGAAGCAGAUAAACCUUAUGUUGUUAAGGUUUUAGAAGACGGAGACUUACAAACUCUCGGGAUGUUGGAUUAUGAUAAGAGACUCCAACAUUCAUUCACUGCUCACCCAAAAGUUGACCCAUUCACAGAUGAGAUGUUUACCUUUGGUUAUGCGCACACACCUCCUUAUUGUACUUAUAGGGUCAUUUCCAAGGAUGGUGAAAUGCAUGACCCAGUACCUAUUACAAUCCCAGAAGCUGUUAUGAUGCAUGACUUUGCUAUCACUGAGAAUUAUGCCAUCUUCAUGGACCUGCCUUUGUGCUUCCGUCCAAAGGAAAUGGUGAAGGGGCAGUUGAUCUUUACAUUUGACUCUACGAAAAAGGCUCGUUUUGGAAUACUUCCAAGAUACGCGAAAAGUGAUACUCUAAUUAGAUGGUUUGAACUCCCUAAUUGCUUCAUAUUCCAUAACGCUAAUGCUUGGGAGGAGGGUGAUGAAGUUGUAUUAAUCACGUGUCGCCUUCAGAAUCCAGAUCUGGAUAUGGUCAAUGGAGCUGUCAAAGAGAAGCUUGAAAAUUUCACUAAUGAGCUAUAUGAAAUGAGGUUCAAUAUGAAAUCGGGGGCUGCUUCCCAGAAGCAACUAUCAGUAUCUGCAGUAGAUUUUCCUCGAAUCAAUGAGAGUUACACUAGCAGGAAACAACAAUAUGUGUAUGGUACUAUACUAGAUAGCAUCGCAAAGGUAAAGGGUAUUAUAAAGUUUGAUCUGCAUGCCGAACCAGAGGGUGGUAAAAAGGAGCUCGAAGUUGGAGGAAAUGUGCAAGGUAUCUUUGACCUGGGACCUGGAAGAUAUGGUUCAGAGGCGAUAUUUGUGCCUCGCAAACCUGGCAUCACGUCAGAAGAGGAUGAUGGAUACUUGAUAUUCUUCGUGCACGAUGAGAACACAGGGAAAUCUGAAGUCAAUGUAAUCGAUGCGAAAACAAUGUCAGCGGAACCUGUAGCAGUUGUGGAACUUCCAGCUAGAGUUCCUUAUGGAUUCCAUGCCUUCUUCGUAAAUGAGGAGCAACUCCAGCACCAGCAGGCAGAGGCGUGACUGAUCGCGCGAGAACGAAUCUAGAUGAUGAAAUGAUACGAGGCAGAACCCUGUAACUGAAGUUACCUGAAACUCUUUACUCGUGUUUAAUCACAUUGAUAGAUACAGUAUGUAUGCGACUAGUGCCAAUAAGAAUAGUUGGGACUGUGUCGGUUACAAUUUGUGUUGCGCGUGAAACUCUUUAUUCUUGUCAAUAGAAAAUCUUGAUACGCUUUGUAUUAUGAUGCUGCUUGGGCUUUGGAUUAGCCGAGUGUGGGUCUUAAGAUUAUCGCUCUUAAGAAAGGAAAAGCUACUAAAAAUUUCUCUGUUUA